GAGCCUGUGAGUGUGACCUGUUCAACCUUUCUCCCCUGCUUGACCCUGCACUGCUGUCCUGUCUACUCUGGAUUCUGCUCUGUUUCUGAGUUCGAGGACGCCAUCCUCUUCCAACCAUCUCUUUAGGGCUAUUUCAAUGCAAACCUAUCACUAGUACUGACCUGUAGAAAUACCAUUCGAUUUUGAGCUUCAUCGUGCUGUCCCCGGACUUUCCAAUCCCUGUCGUUAAAGCAGCAUAGCAUUCUGAAUUUGUACGAUCUAAACAUUCGCUACUACAUCAGCCAAACUUGACAGCACAGAAUGGCUUCCUCUAAGCGAAAGGUGUUUGUUGUAGGCGUAGGCAUGACCAAGUUUGAAAAGCCUGGUCGCCGUGAAGACUUCGACUACCCACAAAUGGCCGAGGAAGCAGGACAGCGUGCUUUGGAUGAUGCCGGCAUCCCGUAUUCUGCAGUGCAGCAGGCUGUCGUUGGCUAUGUAUAUGGUGACAGCAGCUGCGGACAGCGUGCGCUGUACGGUCUUGGCAUGACUGGAAUCCCCAUUUACAAUGUCAACAACAACUGUGCAACGGGUUCAUCUGCCCUCUUCAUAGGAAAACAGCUUAUCGAAGGAGGGCUGUGCGACUGCAUCAUGGCUCUUGGCUUUGAGAAAAUGGAGCGUGGUUCACUGGGCGCCAAGUUCACCGAUCGCACAAUCCCCAUGGACCGACAUAUGGGUGUCAUGACAGAGAUCGAGGAGCUGUCAGGUGCACCGCCGACACCGCAGAUGUUUGGCAAUGCAGGGCGCGAGCACAUGCGCAAGUACGGCACAACUUUGGACCACUUUGCCAAGAUCGCGGAGAAGAACCACAACCAUUCCGUCAACAAUCCGUAUUCUCAGUUCCAGAAGAGCUAUACACUCGAGCAGAUCAAGACGUCACCGGCCGUGCACGAACCGCUCACUAAGCUCCAGUGCUGUCCAACUUCCGAUGGUGGUGCUGCUGUCAUUAUCGCCAGUGAAGAUUUCGUGCGACGUAAUGGUCUUGAGCCGCAGGCCAUUGAGAUUGUUGCCAUGGAAAUGGCCACCGACUUCCCCAGCACUUUUCACGAGAAGAGCUCCAUGAAGCUGGUCGGUUAUGAUAUGACAAAGGCUGCUGCAGAUCGUGUUUUCAUGAAGGCCGGUUGUCGUAUCAACGAUGUUGACGUGGUGGAGUUGCACGACUGUUUUUCUGCCAAUGAGCUGAUUACGUACGAAGCACUGGGCCUAUGUCAACCAGGCGAGGCUGGUGCUUUCAUCGACCGCGGUGACAACACUUACGGUGGCAAGUAUGUGGUCAACCCCAGCGGUGGUCUCAUCUCCAAAGGCCACCCUCUCGGCGCUACUGGACUCGCUCAGUGCUCAGAGCUGACCUGGCAGUUGCGUGGUGUCUGUGGCAAGCGACAGGUUUCCAACGCACAACUAGCACUGCAGCACAAUGUCGGUCUUGGCGGUGCUGUCGUAGUCGCUCUCUAUCGCCAUGGCUUCCCAGCGUUCAAGGGACAGCGAUCUGCAACGUCAGCAAGGCCCAACUAUGCUAUCCAAAGCACUGCAGCAGCGAAGGAUGUCUCGGAGUUCAAGGCAAAGCUUGUCUUCGAUGAGCUGAAGAAGCGUCUUGAUGCUGAGCCAGGUCUUGCCAAGAAAGUGAACGCAACGUUCUUGUUCAAGAUCAGGAAUGGUCCUGGUAAUCAAGAAGCCAGCUGGUUUGCAGACUUGAAGUCAUCUCCUCCAACAAUCAGUGUCGGCGAAGGGAAGGCACAGUGCACUAUAACCAUGAAGGAUGCAGACUUUCUGGACAUGAUGACCGGCAAACUGGACGGACAGCAGGCGUUUUUCAAAGGAAAACUGAAGAUCAGCGGCAAUAUGAUGUUGGCAAAUAAGUUGAAAGACCUUCAGCCUAGGGGUGGAAAAUCAAAACUGUAAAACUCCAUUCGCAUUGCAGCAUGCGGUCUCCCUCAAGAAUUCAUCAUCUCAUCAAAAGUUCCAGUAAAUCGCAGUCUAUCUCUUCUCCUAUUUUCCUGUCUGCGUCGGACGAUGACGGAUACCUCGCUACUACGUUAUGUAGCCGACUGCAGUCCAUGUGUGUCCAGUUGAUCAUUUUGGAUUUGGUUCACAGGCCGGGUUUAGAGUGCUGCAAGCUUCUUGUGCACUCCUGGAUCCUGGUUAGGCAUUGCGCAACUAUAGCUGCAUGCCUGUGUCAUGCUCUCGUUCCCGUAGAAAACUUUCUAAUUUGCAAAAUUCUAUAUACCCCAAUACUAUUUACACUAUUUAGAGUUCAUAGGAUCAUGUCUUCAACCAUUUUUUGCUUACAUGUAUUUCACUGUACUGGCCACGCUUCGAGAACAAAAUUUCAACGGACCUUUCUAUUACAAUGUA